AUGUCAUCCGGUGCACCCAGAGCAUCGGGCCGAGCAAGCGCCAGCGAGCACCGCGAAGAACGGCCCCGCGUCUCCGCCAGGCAUACCGAUAGCUUCAAGAGCGAGCGGUCCGAGUCCAGCAAGGGGCCGUCGCCUCAUCCGGGGAGCUUCCCGGGCGUUCAUAAGCGCACGGCGUCCGGGAACCCAAGGCCGACGAGCCGCAACGUCGAGGAGAGGAGAUAUGAGGAGAGGAGGGUGACGGAGCGCACCUAUGAAGCUCACCUAGAGCGCGUGGUGCCUCGAGCGACGAGUCCGGAUAGGGUCACUCGACGGCGAGGCCCCUCGGAGAGCAGGAGUGCGUCGGAAGCACCGAGGCACAAGGCGCCCGAGGCGCGACAGCGGGAGUCAAGGGCUGAGACCCCUCAAGCGCCAUGGAACCCAGAAGCGACCCUCCUCCCACAUACUACAGCACCUCUAGCUUCUCGAAUAUCCAUCCCGCCUCUCGCAUCGACCGUACCACAAGCCCCUCAGCCAAAACCCUUGGGGGAGCUGAGCCUCGAGCUACAAGAAGCCGCCAUCGUCGAAGACCUGCUCUACGUCUUCAUGGGAUAUGAAGGGCAGUACAUCAGAUUCGCCAAGGGAUACAACCCCAACGAAGAAAGGGAUAGGCUGUCCGGGCCGAGCUUCAGGACGCUCCCCGGUCUUGACCCCAGCCUACAAGACCUGACGCUGUCGAUGCUCAAGAUGGCGACCUACUACUCUGCCCUGGAAGCCUUUGUCGAUGUCCAGAGUCGUGAGGAGUUUGGCGCCGUCAACCACGCCCUAUGUGCGUCAAUCCGCAAGUUUCUACACGACUACCUGGUCAUGAUUGCACAACUCGAGACACAGUUUCUCACCAGUGAUACAUUUACCGUGCAUGUGCUCAAUAUCCACACCCUGUCCACGAGACAGAUGAUGCUGCAGCUAUACAUGUUGGCUCACGAGCUCCUCAAGAAGAACGCCCUGCUUGAUGAGGAGACGGACGAGUCCGAGGAUAGUGCCGACGACUUUGAAAACAUCCUGGAAACACUGCGAGAUGGUGGUGAGCUGGUGCCCAACAACAUGACGGGAAAGAAGAUAUGCAAAGGCGGAGUUGUUCUUGGCUUGAUCACGAAGCGCCUCGAGUCUCUAUCGGGAGACCCAGCAGCCCGAGCUCUACUGACGACGCUAUUGCGAGAUGCAAGCAAACCUUACAUGGUCAUGCUCAACGAGUGGCUCCAUCACGGUGGGAUUCAUGAUCCCCAUGCAGAGUUCCUGAUCAAAGAACAGAAGAGCAUCCGCCGCGAGAUGCUGGAGCAGGAUUAUACAGACGACUACUGGGAGCGACGAUAUACUAUUCGGGAACAAGAUAUCCCCCCUCAACUAGAGGGCGUCAAGGGCAAGGUCUUGCUUGCCGGAAAAUACUUGAACGUCGUCCGCGAGUGUGGCGGCGUCGAUGUCGGCAAGGUUGUGAAAGACGUACCCGUCUCUUUCGACGACAGCCGGUUCCUCGAGAACGUCAAUAACGCAUAUGCUCACGCCAACGAGUCCCUCAUGCAGCUGCUGCUCACAACACAUGCGCUGCCGGCUCGUCUCCGCUCUCUUAAGCACUACUUCUUCCUCGACCCGUCCGACUACUUCUCCUACUUCCUCGAGCUGGGCGCCUCGGAGCUGCGCAAGCCUGUCAAGUCUGUCAACACGGGCAAGCUGCAGUCUCUGCUGGAUCUGGUGCUGCGUCAGCCGGGAAGCAUCGUCUCCCUCGACCCCUUCAAGGAGGACGUCAAGGUCGAGAUGAACGAGACCACCCUCACAAAGGCUCUGCAGCGCGUCGUUAACAUCACGGGUAUUGAGCAGGGUGAGGCGUUGCAGCCCCUGGCCAAUCAACCCAUCGACAACGACAAGAACGCCGUCGGCUUCACAUCUCUGCAGCUUGACUACCUUGUCCCCUUCCCAGUCUCCCUCGUUAUCAGCCGCAAGACCGUCUGGCGAUACCAGACCCUCUUCCGCUACCUUCUCUCCUUACGCUACCUCGAGUCGCAGCUCUCCACCACCUGGCAGACGCAGACGCGCGGCAUCAGCUGGGCGCACAAGGGCGUCCUGCGCAACUUGGAGAUUUGGAAGCGGCGUGUCUGGACUCUCCGCGCGCGUAUGCUUGUCUUUGUCCAGCAGCUACUGUACUUUUGCACCGCCGAGGUCAUUGAGCCCAACUGGACCAAGUUCAUGUCACGGUUGCGGACCAACGAGGAUGCUACAGGCGUGAACUCGGGUCCAGGGGUAUCUACGCGGACUGUCGACGAGCUGAUGCAGGAUCACGUUGACUUUUUGGAUACGUGUCUCAAGGAGUGCAUGCUCACCAACAGCAAGCUACUGAGGAUUCACUCCAAGCUCAUGCAGACCUGUACUAUCUUCGCCGCCUACACAAACUGGCUCACCCGCGAGCUCGAAAAGUCAGACCCUGACCUCUCUGGCGCAACCAGACCGUCUACCAUGACGGCCGAUCAGUGGAAGCGCUUCCAGGCCACAAAGGCCACCCAGCGAGGUUCGGCUGCCCAUGACACGUCCACCGUCUCGGCUGCCGGCGCCGGCGCUAGUGACGCCGAAGCUCGCAUCGAGAACCUCUUUGAGAUCAUCCGCAAGUGGGAGGGCAAUUUCAGCCGUCACCUGCAGAUCCUACUUGACGCCCUGAACCACUAUGCGGCCACCGAGACUGUCGUACUCCUGAGUCUGUGUGCGAGGUUGAGCACUGCCAACCAGGGGACUGAGUAUUCUGGCCUGCGCCACGAGGAUGAGUCUGCUUAA